CAAAGUAAUACUGUACAUCGCUCGAAACGGCGCCAAUCUUAAGCUCUGUAACGUGCGCUCUGCAACCUUUUGACGGGAGUCUCUUAAAAGAUAAGUUCAGUAUUCUUGUUUCUCCUGUGAAAAGGGCAUAGAAAAAUGCCUCCAAAGAAGAAUAAAAAGGGUGCUCCCGCCGGAAACUCUAAAUCCAGCGACCGGAAAAAUGCGCCGAAAGUUCAACUCUCCGCCGAGAACGAGCGAAAGGUUCGUCAACUUCUCCUGAACUCCGGCCGAAAUCCCAUCUCCUCUGCAAAAUCCGGCGAAAAUUCCAGCCAUGUCUCCAUCACUCAGAGGGCCAAGAAGCUCGAAGCGGUUUAUGAAAAGCUUUCAUGCGAGGGCUUUAGGUCUGAUCAGAUUGAGCAUGCUCUCUCUGCGCUUAAGGAUGAAGCUACUUUCGAGAUGGCUCUUGAUUGGCUAUGCUUAAAUAUUCCUGGGAAUGAGCUUCCUUCGAAGUUUUCUACUGGGACAUCCAGGAAUACUCAUGAAGCUACUGCUUAUGCAGGAGGAAUGGGCUCCGUUAAUAUCAUAUCUUCAGCACGGGAAGACUGGGUUCCUUCAAAACCUUCUCCAGUUGAAGGUGGGGGCCAAAUACAAGGACUUACUGUGAGGCACAAAGGGAAUCAGAGUAAAGAUCAUGAUAAUUUACUGCGCUCAUCCCAAGCUGACUGGAUACGCCAGUACAUGGAGCAACAAGAAGAGGAUGAUGUUGAGACCUAUGAUGAUGAUGGGAAUUGCAUGGAUGAUGUGGAGGAGGUCACCGAUCCAAGGUUACGUGCUGUUUCAAUUGCCAAAGAGUUUCAUGCGGCAAGGUUAGCAGCAGCUGAGGCCAAGGAGAAAAGGGACAAGAAAGGUCAGGAACUGGCAGGCCAGGCAAUUCGCAAGCUCAAACAAGAGAUGUCUUCUCUAGGAUUAUCCGAAGAUAUCUUAGCAGCAGCCUCCAAACCUGAUUAUCCUUCCCAUCAAAAGUCUGAAGCCAUUUGGGAAGAUUCCAUGAUUGGCAAAGAUGCUAAAUCAAUAGCAGUGUGUGAUGGAGAAAGUGCAUUGGACUUUCCUGUUGCUAAAGAUAAAAGUGGAAAUACUGAAGAGAGAAGCUCCAGUUUACAUGUCCAGGAUGUUCACAGUUCCUUGGAACUCCCUGUUCAGGAAACUGAUAGUCUAGAAAAAGAGAAUCUGGAGGAAGUAGAGUUAGGUGCAUUAUUUUCAGAGGAUGUUUCCACUGCUGACCCUUUACCUCCAGAAGUUUUGAAGCUGCAAAGGAAAGAAAAGUUGGGGCUUCCUAAGACUUCAGGAAAGAAAACUGACAUGCAGAGGAAGGGAGACUCGGGAAAGAUACCCAAAGCUGUUCUUCAACAGCAGUGCCAGAAAUUAGGUUGGGGUGCUCCCAAAUAUAAUAAAUUGUCUGGAAGUGAAAAUGAGUUCAGAUACUCUGUCAGUGUGCUGCGUACUGCUACUGGACGGGGUAAAAAUCGAAAAGCUGGGGGGCUAAUCACCUUUGAGUUCCCCAACCAAGAUGAGGCUUUUGAAUCUGCUGAGGAUGCACAGAAUGGAGUUGCAACAUUUGCUCUUUAUCGUCUAUUUGCUGAUCUUCCACUCUAUCAGCUCAUCUCAGAACCGUAUUCUUCAUUUGUUAUGAAGUGGCAUGAAGGUGAAGGUUUUAUUGAAUUUGAUGAGAGUGAGGAUCUUAGAAGAGCGAGUUUUGUGAAAUCUUUGUUAGUUAAUGAAGGUUCAUCCUCAAAUAUUUCUGGAGAUGUACCAGACAUUUCUCUUCUGGAGAUGCACUUGCCAAAGUUGGAGCAAAAAACAGACGAUAAUGUAUUCAUCACUGCAAGAACUGGGAGGAUGGAUUCCUCUAAAGAAGCGGAGAGCAAGUUGUUGAAGCAAGAACUAGAGAAUAAACUCCAGCAGAAGAAAUACUUGAAAAUGCUUGAAGCUAGAAAUACUCUUCCUAUGGCUGAAUUUGAGGAUGAUCUGCUUCAGUUACUACAUGAGCAUGAUGCUGUUGUUGUUAGUGGAGAGACUGGUUGUGGAAAAACAACUCAGGUUCCACAAUUUAUUCUGGACGACAUGAUCAAAACAGGUGUUGGUGGUUUUUGUAACAUUGUUUGCACACAACCUAGGAGAAUAGCGGCCAUUUCUGUUGCAGAAAGAGUGGCAGAAGAACGGUGUGAACCUCCACCAGGAUCAAAUGGCUCCCUAGUUGGCUAUCAAGUUCGCCUCGACAGUGCAAGGAACGAGAAAACACGGCUCCUGUUUUGCACCACAGGCAUUCUUCUUAGAAAGCUGGCUGGUGACAGAUAUUUGACUGAUAUUUCACAUGUCAUAGUUGAUGAGGUGCAUGAGCGGUCUCUCUUGAAUGACUUUCUACUUAUUGUCUUGAGGGACCUAAUUGAGAGGCAAUCUUCGUGCAGAACGUCCAAACUUAAAGUUGUUCUCAUGUCUGCAACAGUUGAUGCGAGUUUAUUCUCGAAGUACUUUGGAGGGUGUCCCAUUGUCACUGCUCAAGGGAGAACACAUCCUGUGUCCACCUGCUUCCUCGAAGAUAUUUAUGAAAAUCUUGAAUACCGACUUGCCUCAGAUUCCCCUUCUUCACUUAUGGCGAUAUCAACUAUAAAGGAUAAGCUUGGGAGGAAUCCUAUUGCGAACCGCAGAGGAAAAAAGAACCUUGUGUUAGGUGCAUGGGGUGAUGAUGAUUUACUGACUGAAAACUAUAUUAAUCCACACUAUGAUGGUGGCUUAUAUGCAGCAUACACUGAAAGGACCCACCAAAAUUUGAAAAAUUUGAAUGAAGAUGUGAUAGAUUAUGAUCUUCUUGAAGAUUUGAUCUAUUUCAUAAACAGAAAUUAUUCUCCAGGUUCUAUAUUAGUAUUUUUGCCAGGACUGGGAGAUAUACAUAAUUUGCUAGAUAAAUUGGCUGCUUCCUACCAAUUGGGGGGGUUGUCAGGUGAUUGGCUUCUGCCUUUACAUUCAUCCCUUUCAGCCUCUGACCAACGUAAAGUUUUUCAAUCUCCCCCUGAAAAUAUUCGCAAGGUUAUUGUGGCCACAGAUAUCGCAGAGACUAGCAUAACAAUUGAUGACGUGGUGUAUGUUAUUGACACUGGAAAGCACAAAGAGAACCGUUACAACCCACAGAAGAAAAUGUCAUCCAUUGUUGAGGACUGGAUAUCUCGGGCAAAUGCGAAACAACGGCAUGGAAGGGCAGGGCGUGUAAAACCUGGAAACUGCUUCUGCUUAUAUACACAACAUCGAUACGAAAAGCUUAUGCGCCCAUAUCAGGUACCAGAGAUGCUGCGCGUUCCAUUGGUUGAAUUGUGCCUUCAAAUCAAGUCUCUUUCUUUUGGAGAUGUGAAAUCGUUUCUUCUGAAGGCUAUGGACCCACCACGGGAGGAGGCAGUAAGCUCAGCAAUUGCGACAUUAUAUGAGGUUGGAGCCCUUGAAGGUUAUGAGGAGUUGACAUCUCUGGGGCAUCAUCUUUCUAGACUCCCUGUGGAUGUGCAGAUUGGCAAGAUGAUGCUUUAUGGUGGGAUAUUUGGAUGCUUAUCACCAAUCCUCUCAAUUGCGGCAUUUUUGAGUUAUAAAUUACCAUUUCUUUAUCCUAAGGAUGAGAAACAAAAUGCUGAAAGGGCCAAAUCAUCCUUACUAACUGACAAAUCAGACAGCGGAGGUGAUGUGGCGAUAAAUGACAAGCAAUCUGACCAUCUUUUACUGGUGAUUGCCUACAGUAAAUGGGUGAAGAUGUUGAGAGAGAAAGGAACAAGAGCAGCACAAAACUUUUGCAGGUCUUACUUUCUGAGCAGCUCAGUGAUGUACACAAUAAGAGAUAUGCGGAUACAACUUGGAACAUUGUUGGCAGAUAUUGGGUUCAUAAAUCUACCUAAGGUUGAUGGAAAAUCGAAGGACAAGCUUGACAGCUGGUUUGAUGAUAUAAAUCUCCCAUUCAAUAUGUACUCUAAGCAUUCUGCAAUUAUUCUGUCAAUGUUAUGUGCAGGUCUCUAUCCAAAUGUUGCUGCUACAAAAGAAGGAAGCAAUUGGGCUCCUCAGAGUAGCAGCCAAACUCAUUCAGCCACUUCUGCUAUGCAAGAGCCCCCACGCUGGUUUGAUGGAAGAAGAGAAGUUUACGUCCAUCCAUCUUCUAUCAACAGUAGUGUGAAACAGUUCUGCUACCCUUUUUUGGUUUAUCUUGAAAAGGUUGAGACCAGUAAAGUGUUUUUGCGGGACACCAGUGUCAUCUCUCCAUACUCUAUUCUAUUAUUUGGGGGUCCAAUUAAUGUUCAUCAUCAGACUGGUUUAGUUACCAUUGAUGGCUGGUUAAGACUGACAGCACCAGCACAGACUGCAGUUCUGUUUAAGGAACUCCGGUUAGCACUUCGUUCUAUUCUCAAUGAACUGAUCCAAAAACCAGAGAAGAAGGUCGCUGUAACAGAGAACGAAGUUGUGCGCUCUAUCAUUCGAUUACUGUUGGAAGAAGACAAAUUCAAGUAAUCAAUCAUCAGACCCAUAGAAGGUGCCAGAUUGCUGCAAGGUGGAGACUGAAUAAGGCCGUCGUAAAUCAAUGAUUUAUAUAUGGACGGUUCACAGUUUAACUAACUUGUGUGAAUGGUUCAGAUUUGAGAAGGAAGCUCGCUGCUUGAGACUCUGAAUCAACCCAUCCCAAUCCGUGUUAGGGGUUUUCCAUAGGGUGGGCCUUCAAAAUUCAAAGGGUUUUCAUUUUUUUGUUAUAAAAAAUAUUUUUUAAUGAAUUUUUUAUCAAUUUAUCAUCAAACUAUUUGCUUAUCUAAAUGUAGCCAACAUUUUGUGGUAGGUACUUUAAUGGACUGUUCAAUUCUUGCAUUUUCUGUUUAAGUUAAUUGGGAUAUGUUUGUUGCUUAAAAGCUAGAGCCAUCACUCAAUUAUGCAAUUUGUUUAUGUUAAAUUGGGACAUAUUUUUCCUUUAACGCUUGAGCGAUCGUUCACAGU